AAACAAGAAGUGAAGCAAAAAAUGGUUGGUGGUGGAGCUCCGCAGAGAGGAAGUGCAGCUGCAACUGCAAGCAUGCGGAGGAGGAAGGGCGGCAGCAGCAGCAGCACCGGUGGUGGAGCAUCCGGAGGAGCAGCCGGAUCAAUGCUUCAGUUCUACACAGACGACGCACCUGGUCUCAAGAUUUCUCCGAAUGUUGUUCUUAUUAUGAGCAUUGGUUUCAUUGCUUUCGUUGCUGUUCUUCAUGUCAUGGGCAAGCUCUACUUUGUCAAGAGCAAAUGAAGAGGAACAAACAAGAAAUGUCAUACCUUUCUUUUACUUGUUUAGAUUUUUAUCAUUCAUGUUUUGACUUUUUGUUGUUUCUCUUGAAUAGUGUCCAUCCAUCCCAUACAUUGGAAGUUUUUUCCUCUUUAUACUAUUUUCUCUUCUUGUUUC